UUCUAUGUAGUGCACUAUACCUGGCCAGUAGGGGGUAGUUUGGGAUACAGCCUGGCUUUAAUGGAGAAAACCGUGGUUAAGUUCAGACAUUGCGGGAAAGAUAUUUAUAGUUUUUCGAAACUAGAUGUCACGUUAAAGCAACAAAAUGCAUGUAGUGCUGAGAGAAAUGUGUGCCCUGUUUGUCGUAAUGCUCUGGUUCUUGGGCUUUUAGACGCACCUGUGGCGCUUCCUUCUCCUUUCACAAAUGGCCAUGAAACUCAGUGCUCGUUUCUUUUAGGCGCAAACGAAGGACCAUGGUGUUUAGGAGAAUGGCGCGAGACGGAGUUACAUGUUGGACUGUCCGACUCAAACGGUUUGGUCUAUAACUACACGCUGGCAGGAGUCCAGAGGGAUGAACACGGAUGGGAGCAGUGUGUGUCCAUCCAACUGGUUCCACCGUAUAGACAAGACCUAACACAGUUAUGGGAUAAAGAACUGAACCUUUUUUCAUCACUCCCAGCGUGGACUCCAGAACGAUUCCAGGAGGAGAGGGAGUUUGGCUCGUGUUGCUAUGGCUUCGCCCUGACAUUCAUUAACCACAUGAGAUCGCUGGACAGUAAAGCCCCUCUUAGCAGAAAUGAGUUCACCAGUGCCCAUGUUUUAUCCCGAAUGAAACGUGCCUCCAUGUACAUCAGGGUGUAUGAAGAAAUAGCACAACAUGGCUUUUACAUUGUUGAUAAAUAAGGUCUUGUAAUUCAGUUGCUUUCGUGUGAACCCCAUAAACCCAGUCUCGGUUCACAGUUUUAAAAUGUACUGUUACUUAUGUAGUAAAUAAUAAUGUUAUGUUUCAUUUUUGUUAUUUCCUAGUAAUUUCAAUAUGAAAUCAUUGUUGCCACAUGGAUCUGUGGUUGGCUUAUUAUUCAAAAAUGUCUUUUCCACUAAUCGAUAUUGAAUUAGAAAUUUCCCUUCAUAUAAUCCACAUUGGAAAUCGAGAGCAUGCCUUUUUUUUUUUUUUUUUUUUGCCUUAAAGAAAUGAAAUAUGGUGAAAUGACUAGUGUUCUUGUGUUCUUGUUUGGUGGAAGGGGGCAGUGAUGCUCGUCUGCCCCUCUUACCUUCCUUUAAACUUCUAGUUAGUUGUUGGUUUUCUGUUGAAAGUACAUCUGGACGAGGAAAUCCAACCUAACGGAACAGAGUCUUUAUCAAAUCAUUGGUAAAUGGUAGAGCAAGCAUCACAUUUGAAUACUCUCUCUCCCUAAAUGCUACAUAACCUUGAAUAUAAUAUUGCAAAACAAAAAGAAAUCUAAGCAUUGAUUUAAUAAGCAUUUCUAUUUUAUUUGAAAUAUUAUGAAAAAUGGCACACGAAUACUUAUUAAACAUUUCGAUUUUGUAACUCUGUAUGGCGUGUGAGUAAAUUGUGGCCAUAAAGGGAAGCAAUUGGUAGCAGCAAUCAAAUGAUGCCUGAUGGGUAUUAAUGGGCUCGAUGUGUUCCAAGAAAAUUCCCCACAUCAUUACACUGCCAAUACCAGGCUGAACUGUUGACCUAAGGCAGGUUGGUUUCAUAGAUUCAUAUUGUUGAUGCCAUAUUCAGACCUUAUAAUCUGCAUGUCACAGCAGAAAUUGAGCUUCAUCAGAUGAGGAUGAGGCCUUGUGUUUCGAUUCUUCAACCGUCUAGUUUCGGUGAACUGUACCCACUGUAGACUCAGGUUCCUGUUCUUGGCUGAGAGGAGUUGAACCCGAUGUGGUCCUCUGAUGUUUCUCGUCAAGGUUAGGAUGAUUUUCUGCUCAUCAUGAUUGUAAAGUAACUUUCCUGUUAGCUUGAACCAGUUUGAACUCUCACAUCAACAAGGCUUCUUUGUCUGUAGUACAGGAUGUUUUUUGUUUUGCACCAUGAUGUGUGACCCUUUGCACCAUUCCAUCCCAUCUUGCACCAACAACCAUAUGCACAGUCAAAGUAACUGAGAUCAGAUGGUUUUGAUUCUGGCUGCUGCCUGUCUUUGACUCAAGCUUUGACAGUAUGUGCAUGAUUGAAUAUUUCAUAUACAUUGUGUAUACAAAUAUAUACCAAUAUAAUGAUAAAAUAUAGCUACAAGCAAAAUAUGUACAAUAAUUAACUAUGGUUAAUUGAUUAACUAUUACAAGUAGGCUUUUUGUUUGCUUUUUUAUGAUACAUAUGUACUCGUAUAUAUUGUAUUUAUUGUAUCUAAGAAAUGCAUUUCAAUAUUCUGUUUAUAAUAUUACACGUGCAAUAAAAAGCUAACACAUUUAUAAUAGCUGACUAAUUAACUAAUAACAAAUGAACUUUAGUUAAAUAAUAUGAUGUUAAUACAUCCCAAAGGACUUUCUGGUAAUCAUGUUUUCAUGGUUAAUGGAUAGGUUCCUGGAAACACGUGGUGUGGGUAAGACACGCUUUGGUAUUGUGCCGACUUCUUUCACAAUGCGAUAUGCGUACUGUGCAUUAGGAAUGACUUCUAUUGUAUGUGCUUUGUAAGGUGAAACUGGCUUGUAAAAGGAUGCCAGCUCCUCCAUGUUCACAACAAUAUUGACUAACAAUUACAGUGGAAGAAGAACAGUUGAUAUGACGGGUACUUCUCAGAAUACACACGAUUAAGUUUGAAGAAUUGUAGGCCAAACCGGUGAUGAUCAUAUGUUUAUUAUAAAUGAUACAUAAAUAGUAUUUUUCAUUAUUGUGAAAUGUAAACAACAAAUGUAAACAUCGACUCUGAAUCAGAGUCCUUUAAUAAAGAAUACAUUUUUGAUUGUGUUUUGAGAAACUGAGCCUUCCUGAAGGUUUGACUUAGACUGUGUCCCAAAUACUUUCUUACUCCCUGCAUCUAGACUAUAUCAUUUUGCAUUUUGGUUGUUGUACAAUUGAAAUAUCUAGACCUCAAGGAACUUUGACAGGAAAAGUUAGCUAAUUCUAUAGUA